GUUAGCAGAAUUCGACACCCAACAAAACAGUGAAUAAAAAGUGCUGGCCAGAGACAAUCUGAAUGCUCGUCUUAUCAUUGGUGACCGCAGCAGUGCUCCCCGUUGAAACGCUGAUCCUCUUGAAUAUAAAUAUUACAAAAAACGCCAAGAAGCCACCGAGUCGUCCUUCGACGAUUGUGCUACGACUCCAAUCCCUCAAACCCGCGAUCGAAAUGAAGUAGCUGAAGUGAGGAUGAAAUCCGAUCUUAUCCAGCUCAGGGGCGCACGGAGCAAACGAAGAAGCACUCGACUACUUCGGCGCUCUUCCACAUUCGAUUCCAAAACACUUCCCUGCCCAUCAUUGCCGCUGACGUCCUCCGGUUUCGUGAUAUCCAAGAGUUCGCUAUAAUCUCACUAGAUCAUCAACAAGUGAGCCAUCAGAUGAUCCAUGAAAUUGUAUUGCUACCAAUGCUACUGCUAUGUGACCGCCGAGACAGUAUUCGUUUUAAACGUGGGCCCUUAUUAAACUUCAAGAUGAGUUAUUCCGAGACUGAAACUAGUUGGAAAAUUAAGGGAUAAAGGAGCCACCCUUCACGAGUUCUGAGGUUGGACUCAGCUCUUGAUUACUGGAGAGGAGAUACAGAUCUCGUAGUGGAAAUUCUGCUAGUGCCAAAGUCGUCGUUGUCAGUGUCAGAUUGCUUGAAUUGAUUUUUCCGGUAUCCUCCGAUCCGCCAAGCUCAGGCUUUUCGUAACUUUAUUUGUGACCGAACUAACUGUUGCUUCUGUCUUCAAACAACAAACACGAACCCAGUCUUCGGGUGUGUCAGUGUGUUCCAUCCAGCUCGUUGUGGGUCUUGGAUAUUCACUUUCAUCUAUUGCUGUUCAAUGUUACUGGACAACCAAAUCUGAGCUUCACAAUGGCCGCUCAUCUGUUCAGCGAGUCCGGUCAAAUGCAGGAGGUCAAUAUCCCCGAUAUAUUCGAUGUUCUCGAAGAGGGUGAGAACGAAGGUGCUGUGAAAUAUUUGCUGGGAUUUGGAUCCUCCGGAGAAGAUGAAGGUCUGGUUCCUGUGGUGGACAUUCCCAUCCAAUCUAUGGAUCCAGCCAAGGUGGUGAAUGUCCCUCCAUCGAUGACUUCCAUGGGAAUGGUCCAAGGCACAUCGUCCCUUCUUCAAGCCACCGUGUCCACCACGAGCCAAGAUGGCAGUGUGAGUAGUGGGGAGAUACCCGCCAUUCGAAAGCGGGAUACGAGUGGAGCUAAGGCCAUAUUUGCUUGUGAUUGUUGUGGCAAGGCCUUCACCACCAAGUUCAACCUGAAGCGACAUAUCAAUAUGCAUUGCCACAAGUCCAAAGAGGCCGGAGUACCCAUUCAGGGCCCACCCUCCGCCAAUCAGCCCUCCAAAAAGUAUGUCCAAGGCAGACUGUGUCGGAUCCGAGAAAACGAGCCCGGAAGUCACAAGCUGGAUAGUGGUGUCCCGGGCUCGGAUGGUGCUCAAGUUCUCACGACUAUGGGCACUUUGGGCUCAUAUCAAAAUACAAAUAGCAGCUCUUCGAGCAGUUCAAGCAACAGUAGUGAUAAUCCUACUAGUCACAUUUCCCCUCAAUUCCGCACGCUCAUCCAAACCAGUGUUCCCUCUCAGGCCUCGCCCACUCCUUCACUCAAUCUUUCUCCGGCCUCGUUGCCCGUACAGCCGUUACCCGAAGCAUCGCUUCAAAUCAUCCAGGAUCUAAACAAUCACAGUCCAACUGCGGUCUCAUCGGCGGCGAAUGUCCCUGCACAGGUCACCACUUACACAGUGCCCGUGACCAACGGCCCUCUUCCCUCGGGAAAUCUCGUUACCUCGUAUACCCUGUCCCCCAACCAGCCAAUUCGGCCCAUUUCUGUGAUCACAUCCAAUCCUCUUUCGUUGUCCAAUGUUGUCGUUCCCACUACCUCGAAUUUUUCCCUGGUUCGAAACUCGGCUGCGUCUCAAGUUCUCAACAAGCCGCCCACCACCAUUCCUCUCCUACAAACUGUACAGCAGGCGGCCAAAGUCAUCCAAAUUGGAAACACCGCUGUCCCGGCUACCUUCUCUGUCUGUGUGAAUGUCAAUCCGUCGUCCUUGCAAAGUUCAGGGGCCUCUCACGACUCUCAAGUGACCACUGUGCCAAGUAAUGCCAGUGUCAUCAUCACGAGCUCCGUGGUUCCCCAAGACUUGUUCGACAAUAGUGAACCCUUCUCGCCCGAUGGGAUUCUCCUUUCGUCUGUGGGUGCGGAGGCGUCCCCCAGUGAUGAAGGAAGCAAGAUGUCAAAAUCUUUUUUAGGGUUAAGCGGCCUUAAUCCGGACCACAAGGCCGCUGUAACCAAACGGAUAGAGCAAGUCCCCAAAGGUUGGGUCAGAAAAGUGGUUUUAGACGAGGACGGAUGUCAUCACGUGCUCUAUUUUAAUGCCAACGGAAAGAAUUUCUCUUCGGAAGAGGAAGUGACGGAAUAUUUCUUGCGUUUGGGAUAUUCCUUGAGUCCGGGUGCAUUCAACUUCGAAAUCAGCGACGCUCGUAAAGCAGGACAAAUCCAUGCAAUUCAAAAAUCAAACCAAAGUCGUGUGAUAAUCACUAACAACAACAAAGCGAUGCCUCCAAAGAGACGUCUCUCCUCAGUUGGCGGAGUCAACGAAGAUUCCCGAGAUGGGAGUGAGGAACGAAGCUCCAUCACCCCUGAGCCGGGAAGAAAGCGCAAGAGAAUGGACCCACAACAACAGAUGCAAAUGUUGUUCGAUUUCCUUCGCCGUUACAAGAGGGAGGACGGAAGUGAGCUUUGUGAGCCAUUCAUUCGGGCCCCAAAGCGUCGGACUGAUCCUGAAUAUUACGAUGUCGUUGCCGAUCCUAUCGACAUGUUGAGAAUUCAGCAAAAGCUCAAAACCGACGAGUACACCGACUUGACCGAAUUGAAGGCUGAUUUUGAUAAGCUCAUUACCAACGCGCACAAAUUCUACGCCGAUGACAGCGACGAAUACGAGGCAGCCUCUGAAGUGAAGGACCUCCUGGACAAAGCCGUGAUCAAACUUGAAAUGGGUGAAGAUCCUGUACACAGCCUUGGUAAUCGAGAGGAGAGCGACGAUAGCGAAGGCAACGAGAUGCUCGAAGAGCUUUUUGCCAUGGUGAUCCAAGCCACUGAUCCUGCCGAUGGAAAUCGUCCACUUCAUUUGGCCUUCCGCUUAUUGCCAUCUCAAACACGCUAUCCCGAGUACUACAAGGUAAUCACGGAUCCCUUGGACUUGAAGUUGAUCGGUGCCAAAAUCCGAGAUAAUGUCUAUGAGACCUUGGAUGAAUUGGAAGAGGACUUGUCCUUAGUAUUCAAAAAUGCCAUGCACUUCAACGAGCCGGGAUCCCUGAUCUACCGCGACGCCAAGACCUUGGCCAAAUUGGUCAAAACCAAGAAAUAUGAGCUGGAAGUGAACAAAGUGGCCAGGGAGAAUCGAGGCUCUCGAACGAGACGCUCCAUUGUUAAGAAGUUCUACUCCACUGAGUUGGCUGAACUGCAGUAUGAGGACAGCGAAUCCGAGGAGAGUGAGGGCGAGGAUAUCGAUUACGAUGACCCCUUAUGGGCACUUUAUGGCCACGUUCGGUACUUUGAAACUCCCUCUGGAGUCAAACUAGGCGAACCGUUCCUCAAUCUUCCGUCUAAACGAGAGCUUCCAGAUUACUACGAGGUCAUUAGCCAGCCCAUGUCGCUCAAUCAGAUCCGUAAGAAAUUGAAAGGCAACGAAUAUAGUCAGCUCUCGAAUUUAGCCGAGGAUCUCCAGGUCAUGUUUGAAAACUGUAAGGCUUACAAUCGCCCGGAUUCUCGAUUGUACAAGGAGGGCGUGAAGCUUCAGAAGAUCACGAAUGCCAAAUUGGAAGAGCUCCAAUUGGAAGAAGAAGAAGAUGUUCAAGCUCAUGACGAAUCUGGCGCUCCUAUCAAGACCCCUCGCUCACCUCGCGAUCCGAUGCGAAAACGAAUGCGCGUCCUCUACAAUACCGUCCUCAACCAUAAGCGCAAUGGCGUUCAAAUCAUUAGCAUGUUCAUGGAGAAACCCAGUAAGAAGGAUUAUCCGGAUUACUACGAGAUCAUUUCCAGUCCCAUGGAUAUGAACACCAUCAAUGAGAAAAUCAAGAACGCCCAAUACAAGUCCGAAGACGACAUGAUCUCUGACAUGAAACAGAUGUUCACGAACUGUCGACGCUACAACGAAGACGGAUCAGACAUCUACGAGGAUGCGAAUGUGCUUGAGAAGGUGUUGAUGGCCAAAGCAAGAGACAUGGGCUUAACUGGCCGAGGUAGAAAGAAAAAAUCUUACCGAGCCAGUGAAAAGAUCAAAAGCCUUACAGAAACGCUCCGGGAUCACAAGGAUUCCAAGGGAAGACAACUUUCAUUGAUAUUCUUGAAGCUGCCGAACCCAAAGGAGUUCCCGGAUUAUUUCGAGGUUAUCAAAAAUCCGGUGGAUUUUGAAAAGAUCACCUCGAAGAUGAAGCAAGGUGUGUAUAACUCUCUGGAGGAAUGCUUGGCUGAUUUUGUGCUGAUGUUUGACAAUGCUUGUAAGUACAACGAGCCCGAUUCCCAAAUCUACAAGGAUGCUCUCACCCUACAAAGCCUGGCUACCCGAACCUGUCGCACCCUUCAGGAUGACGAUAAUAGUGUUCCGGAUGUUCAAGCCGCCGUCCACGACAUCUUGACCUAUAUCUUCAUUGCCAUGUACAAUCAUCAAGACUCGGAAGAUCGGUGCUUCUCGGAUUCGUUCUCGGAAUUGCCCGAAUACGACGAGAUUGGCGGCAAACAAGUGCGUGCUCUUAGCAUGGAUUUGAUUAAGCGACGCUUGGAUCAAGGCCUUUACAAGCGAUUGGACACGUUCCAACGUGACAUCUUUGCCGUCAUGGAGAGAGCCCGAAAUCUGUCCCGGACCGAUAGCCAGGUCUUCGAGGAUUCGGUUGAACUGCAGACGUUUUUUAUCAAGAUCCGAGAUGAGGCCUGCUCGAAUGGAGACGUUCUUCAAUCCCGAGCUUUGUUGUACACGCUGAAGGAUCUGAAUGCUGCAGUGAGUGCUUUGAAGAGCCAGAAGAGAGGAACCGAGUUGCCCGAGGACGAAAACUCGAGGGACGUCAAGGAGGAACACGAUCAAGACGCUUCCACUAGCACCGUGACUUUUAAUGAGCAAGAUUAUCACGUGGGCGAGUUCGUUUACGUCGAGGGUCCGGACAAGAGCUCAGAGCCUUACAUUUACGUCAUUGAGAACAUCUUCACCAAUAAGGAGGGCCAACAGAUGAUGUAUGGCAAUCAAUUCUUCCGCCCAGUGGAAACCUUCCACGUGUCCUCGAGAAAGUUCUUGGAGAACGAGGUCUUCCGCUCGGAUGUGCACAAAUCCGUUCCAUUGUCAACAAUUUGUGGUCGUUGUAUGGUUGUACCUGUUCGUGAAUAUUUCCGGAGCAAGCCCGAAGGUUUUGAAGACAAGGACUUGUACGUGUGUGAGUCUCGAUAUCAGAGCAGAGCUCGAAGCUUUAAGAAGAUGAAAAUGUUUUGGAAUAUCCCCGACCACAUUAACAUGAUCCCCCGUGACGAGCCCUUAGAACCGAAACGGGUCAUGUCUGUGUUCAAAGAGCGCAUUGAAAAGCACAAGGAAGAGAUCGAGGAGAUCGAUUCUAUGGUGAGAUCCUUGGAAGAGGAACUCCCAUCCAAUGUUAUUUGGGCAAAUCCGGAUGCAUCGGCUCAAGUACAGGAGAAUCGAACCUAUUACGAACAGUACACGAUCCCGGGGCCCAUCACUCUCCGACGAGGUGAUGCGGUGUAUGUGCGAUCGGAAAAUGGCAAGAAUCUCAUCGCUCAGAUUGAUCUCAUGUGGACUGGCGAGGACGGUAUGGCCUACUUUCAUGGUCCUUGGUUCGUGACUCCUCGCGAGAUCCCUCAUUAUUCUACCCAUACGUUCUACAAGCAAGAGAGCUUUUUGUCCACCAUAUCGGAUUCGAAUCCACUUUUGUCGGUGGUUGGUCGUUGCUGCGUCCUCGAAUCCAAGGAUUACAUCAUUUCCCGUCCCACCCAAUACAAAGAGACCGAUGUUUACAUCUGUGAGUCCAUCUAUGACGAGAGCAAGCGGAUGAUUCGAGGCUCCUUGGAUGAAGGAUUGAAGCAGUAUGAACACUCCGAGGCUGUUCAGGCGGAUGAGGUCUAUUUCUUCAAGCAUCCCAUCGUUGUUCAAAAGGAGCCCUCUCCCAAUGCGCCACCGGUGGUCGUGCCCAAUGUGGUGGGCAAUACUACCCCGAUGAAACAGGGUGUAUCUGUUAUGGAAGUGGACAAUGAGGACUCUCUGGACGCUCCUCCUUCCGUGGCUUCUUCGGACACUGCCACCCCCACGCCCACUCCUGCUUCGACCAAGAAGGCGAAAGGUCCGGCGAAGAAGCACGUAACUCCAUAUAUUGUGUACUCCAGUGACAUUCGCAAGAAGAUCACGGAGGAACACAAGAACUGCUCUUUUGGCGACAUCUCCCGGCUCGUGGGAGAAAAGUGGAAACAGUUGAACGACACGGAAAGGCAAGUUUAUGAGGAAAAAGCGAAGCGACAAAAUGAGGAGAACGCCUUGAAGUUCCAAAUGGAACAAGAAAAAGUGGAGCAAGAACGGCGUAGACAAGAAGCGGCCACUGUGGCUGCUGCGGCUAUGCAGCAGCAGCAGCAACAACAACAACAGCGGAGUGCGGCCAUUCUGAAUGGCCAGGUCCCACCCAAUCAAACCCCAGCCUCUGCCGCUGCAGGGGUAGGAAGUAAUGCGGCUACAUUGCCACUUCAACAAAGAAACGGGGGUAUUAAUGUCCAACAAGUGUUGUCUACUGCGAGACCAACUGCUAACCCGACAGGACCUAUUGUCAAGCCCGUAGAGCCCAUCUUUCACACGGUUCCUCCCCGACCUCAACGCCUUUUGCACUCCGAGGCUUAUAUCAGAUACAUUGAGGGUUUGAGUUCGGACAGCCAAGUAAUGUCCAACUGGGAGAAACAACUGAAUGCCACCAAGGAGAAUACCAAAACAGAUGAGGCCAAGUUACCAGCGCAUUGGUUGGCCGAUAAUGGAGAGCAUGGUACGUCUUUGGACGCCUUGUGGGCUCUCAGAGACUUCAUGAUGACGGAUGCGUUAGGAGUGACGAAGAUACUCUAACCUGAAUCUGAACCAGGAUUCUCGCCCUUCACAUUGGAAUCGAAGAACAAGGACAAAUACUAAAUGUUAUUUUUUGUGGUAAUAAGAAGCAAAUAAAUGUCUCCGAUGUCGUAGUACAAUCCUUGA